CGUUUAGCAAGUUAUUUUUUUUUCCUAUUAACCAUUUCUUUCUUCUCCUCAGUGAAUUUUUCCAAAAUAAUUAAAUUUAAAUUAAAAAGAAUAUUUUCUGGUAAGUAUUUUCUCCGAGCGAACCAGUCUGAAAAUCUCCAACUCCCAACCACGAGAUUGAGGGAUAAGGGUUAGCAAUGGCGUCUUGGAGCUUGGGUUUAGGUUCAUGCCCAAAGACUCCAAAAUUCCAUGUUUAUAGCAGAAAAAAGGAGAAAAACAGAGAAAAUUUUCACCCUUAUAAAGUCAUCGAAAUUACACCUCCCCCAAAACACCUCGGCGUCCGUUGCUUUCCCCCUAACUUGCAAUGUGGGGAGAGUGUGACUAUCGAAGGCCAAGCUUAUACAAUCUCAGCUGUAACUCAUCGAUACCACCUCCGAAAAGGCAAGUAUGAACCUAGUGAGAAGAGGCUUGAUGUUUUAUCUACAGGAAGAUAUAUCUUAAACCUAUAUCUUGAAAAUUUACUAGAUCAAUCUUGAUAUCUGCUUUUGACUACGAGGAACUUGUGUUAACUAUCAAAAUAUGAUGCAUUUUUUAUCAUAUGCAAUUCCAUCAUUUGCAGCAUAAUUUAUCUCAUUAGUUACUAUGUCCCAUGUACAGAGGAAAACAGAAGUAAAAUGAAGGGUUUUAUCAUAAAAUGCAUAUUGAGAACUGCUUCUAAACUUGGUCUUUCAUAUUCUGUAAUUUGAAUAGCUGUGUAAACUAAAGUUAUAUUAAAAUAUCGUUUGGUGUGUAUACAA